GAUUCGAUACUAUAGAAAAAUAAAAAAAAUCAUGUCAGCUCAUAUCUUCUUUCCUAGAAAGAGUCGGGAGUCGGGACGUGCCAAGAUCUCUCUCGGAGUAGGUUCCAGAAAAUGGGGGAGAGGGAGGCGAAGUUUCUGGAGCCAUGGCACCGUCUGGAGGACAAGGUAGUGUUGGUGACUGGCGCCUCCUCCGGAAUAGGCCGAGAGUUCUGUUUAGACUUGUCUAAAGCCGGCUGCAGAGUCAUAGCGGCGGCGCGGAGGACGGACAAGCUGCAAUCGCUAUGCGACGAGAUAAACAGUGGCGCCGUCGUAGAUCGGCGUAGAGCUGUGGCCGUCGAACUCGACGUGAGCUCCAAUGGUGCGGCGAUUGAGGCUUCUGUACGGAAGGCUUGGGACGCGUUCGGCAGAAUCGAUGCUUUGAUUAAUAACGCUGGUGUUAGAGGUUCGUUGCACACUCCAUGGGAUCUGUCGGAGAAAGAGUGGGAUGAAAUAGUGGGGACGAAUACGACUGGUACUUGGUUGGUUUCAAAGUAUGUAUGUAUGCAUAUGCGUGAAGCUAAGCGGGGUGGAUCUAUCAUCAAUAUCUCUUCCAUGUCUGCUGUCGAGCGUGGAUUUCCAGUCGGAGGCCUUGCUUAUGUGAGUAGCAAGGGUUCUGUUAACUCAAUGACAAAGGUGAUGGCCCAGGAAUUGGGACCUGACAAAAUUCGAGUUAACUCCAUAGCACCAGGGCUUUUCAAAUCUGAGAUAACCAAAGGUUUACUAGAGAAAGAGUGGCUUAAAAAUGUGGCGCGCAGAACAGUCCCGCUGAGAGAUUUUGGGACAACAGAUCCUGCAUUGACAUCCCUCGUUAGGUACUUGAUUCACGACUCUUCCGAGUAUGUCACCGGCAACAUCUUUAUUGCCGACUCCGGAAGCACCUUGACAGGUACCCCUAUAUAUUCAUCUCUUUAGAUUUUCAAGAAUGGAUUGGUUUCUGGUGAAACAUAUUGCUAAGUAUCAAACUUAUAUCGUAUCUUGAAUAAUACAUACUUGAAUAAGAUUAUUUAUAGCUCA